AUGGAUGCCAGUCUCAUUGACAAAACCUGCAAACAAACACCCAAUUAUGAUGUUUGUGUCUCUACUCUUAACUCAGACCCUCGAAGCACCGGUGCAGAUGUCAAAGGCUUAGGACUCAUCAUGGUUGAUGCAGUUAAGGAUAAGGCAACCGGUGCUCUGAAUAAAGCCGACGAGCUGCUUAAGCAGAGCCCAGGAGAUCAAGCCUUACUCUCUUGCGUCAAAACAUACAAUGAGGUUUUACAAAAUGAUGUCCCACAAGGCAGUCAAGCUUUCACUCAAGGUGAUUCUAAGUCGGCAGAGCAAGGCAUGAAUGAUAUUGCCACGGAAGCAGAUUCAUGUGAAAGUGGUUUUUCAAGCAGCUCUCCUUUGGUAGAUAACAACAAAGCUCUUCUUGAUGUUGCGGCUGUGGCUGCAGCAAUUGCCAGGACAUUGCCUUGA